AAAAGUACAAAAAAGACUGCGUUUAUUCUUGCCCAACUCUGAGAAAUGAUGCAACAGGGAGAACACAUGCCUUAAAUUAAAUGGUAAGAGGGAGAAAAGAAAAGGAAAAGGAAGAAAAAAAAAACCACAGCAAUGCAUUCAAUUAAUUUUCCAGGAAUCUUUCACUUUGCAUUUCAAUGAGCAAUGUUUCUUUUGUUGUAAGUGUGCACAGCAUCUGACACGGACAACUUCACAGGCAGCCUCACACUAAACCGGUUAAACACUCCAAAAUAUGUGGAAUGGAAUAUAUGAAAAAUAAAAUACGUAAGUUGUCUAAACUGGGUUACCGAUGUUUAUUAAUAUUACAGCACCCCCAAAAAAAUCACCAACAGCCUGACCUUGACAUUGAAUUUUCUUCUUUUUACAAAAAUAGGUCUCAUGGAUUUUUUUAUUUUGUUUUUUUUAAAAAGACACAGAUUCUCUGAACAUCAUCUGCUUGAGUUCUGAAUUACAACAAAUGGUACAUAACAUUCAUAUAGCGUCCAUACUGUCAAGAUUUUGGGGGUCUCUCUCUCUCUCUCUCUCUCUGGCUUUCAUGCAACAAGUUCAGGACAGUCAUGAAGUCAAUCACAUCUACAGCUACUCGUUGAAUCCACCGUCUGACUGGACAGUGGCUCUGACACAGCAACACUAACACAGGAGAUGCAUUAACACCGUUAUUACGCGCACAUGAGACAAUUUAAAAAAAAAAUAAAAAACUGGAAGCGCCAAGUUGGACCAUGCAAACCAAAACGAUCACAUCCACAUGACACACGCUGCCUGCCUGCCUGUCUGUCUGCAACACUUGUGAAUAAUAAAUCUAUUAAAGCUUUCAUUUUUAAACAAUCCCCCCCUCCGUUGUGAUUCGCAGCAUUCCCCAUCUAUGAAGUCAAACACACGGCAUACCUGCAGGAAAUCUGGUUUAAAAAAAAAAAAAAAAAAAAAAAAAAAAACCAAAACAAAACAAAAGAUCUGCGGAUGAUGAUGAGGAUGAAAAGCCGAGCCUGUCGCAUCGACCUGUCCCUUCGUGGGCCUAAUUAAGAUGUCGGUCUGUGUGCUGUACAUGUCGGGUCUGUGUGUUCAAUGCGACGGAAGGCAGCGGAACGACACAUCGCUUAAAUCAUAGAAUAUAAAUUAGUUCUCAGAAUUUCGGGGGCUGGGUUUAAGGAACUCGUGACGUCGCCGGCUCGACGUCCUGUGACUCUGGACGCAACCAUCGUCAGAGAGGGGGGGGGGAUUGGUGGUAGCCGGGUGCCCAACAAACGAUUUCCUGCAUUAUUUUAGGAAAUAAUUGUCGUUUUCGGACUCUUUUAAAUGCCCGGGACGCGGCCGGCUCGCUGACGGGACCGCCGUGUGUAGAAAGAGCGAGAAAAAUCGCUUUGAAAACGAGUGUUUUCCGCCACAUGGGAAAAAAACGUCUCACCCCCGCGCUGGGAAAGUGGUACGGUCCCGGGCUCAAAUUCCGAGAAUUGAGCUCGUCUGAUUCUUAGAACUGGGGUUCUUAGAAGUGGUGAUGCAAGAAGUUUCUAGGAAAGCGCUACCAGAACUUGACAAAAUGGCUUGCGCAGCAGACAGCUGCAUACAGUUCACACGCCAUGCAAGUGAUGUCCUGCUCAACCUGAACCGGCUCCGCAGCAGAGACAUCCUCACAGAUGUCACUAUCCUGGUCAACAGACAGCAGUUCCGUGCACACAAGACCGUCCUCAUGGCUUGCAGUGGGCUCUUUUACACCAUCUUUACUGACUCCCACAAGUGCAACCUUAACGCGAUCAGUCUGGACCCAAAGGUGGACCCAGAGGGCUUCGCCAUCCUGCUGGAGUUCAUGUACACCUCCCGUCUCACACUAAAGGAGAGUCUGAUCAUGGCGAUCAUGAACACAGCCAUCUACCUGCAGAUGGACCAUGUUGUGGACACGUGCCACAGAUUCAUCAAAUCCAGCGAUCCGGCCAAGCUGCCCAGAGAUGAGUUUUUGGUCAGUCCCUUGGUUUUACCUCAGGAUGUCCACGCGUACCGGCCCCAUGAUGUUGUUGACAGUUUGCACAGCCGCGUAGCUCCGUUCAGGGAUGGAAGGCCCUACGGCUCAAACAUGUUCAACGGGGUCAGCACCCCCAGCAACUACCAUCUCUACGGGCAGUUUCCCAUGCCAGGAUUCCCUUUCCCUCUGUGCAAGCUGACUGAUGCCAAAAAUGCUUUUGCUGACCUCUCUAAGAGUGGUAUCCACCACAAGCAUUGUUCUCCACAUGACAGCGCCAACAUCAUCAGGGCAGAGUACAGCAGGGCGGUGGGCUCCAGCUCCUCCAGCAUUAUUCACUCCACCACCUACGCUUCCAGGGAGGUAGGGAGAGACGACGAGAUGAGGAAGGAAAGCCACGAGGGGGUCGGCCAGUCUAUUGCUCUCGGAGCGAGGAAACGUGCGUUCCCCGUGUUGACCCUCGAGCCCCAGAAGGACUCCGGCAAAGAUAACACUCCUCAAGUGGAGGAAGACCUGAUCCAUCAGCACUACCCCCUCGGAAUCUCCUCCGCCGGACGCAAGAGCCUCAUGAGCAGCCCGCAGAGCCCCCUCAAAUCAGACUGCCAGCCCAACUCCCCAACAGAGUCCAGCAGCAGCAAGAACGCCAGCCUCUCUCAAGCCGCAGGAGUGCAAGUACCGCAGGGCACGCCGGACCCCAAGGCUCGCAACUGGAAGAAGUACAAGUUCAUCGUGUUGAAUCAGAGCGCGAAGGAGGACGAGGUGGGGCUGCGGGAUCCUGGGCUCCGCUCCCCUCAGCGCCUCGGCCUGCAACCCUACCUCCACCCCAGCGACUCGGAGAACCUCGACCCACAAACCACGAGCAAGAGCAACGAUCACAGCGAGGACCUGCCUGCGCCCCAGGCCAGUCGGCUCAACAAUAUCAUCAACAGCGCACUUGAGGGCUCGCUGAGGAACGGUGACAGCCACCCUCAACACUACCUGAGCCGUCUGAACUGCUCAACCUGCGGCACGCCGUCCCCACAGCACUCAGAAGUCUGUCCCAACACCUCCAGGUCCCGUCUCACAGACGACAUGGCGGAGCUGCACUCCGAAUACUCAGACUCCAGCUGUGAAAACGGCACGUUCUUCUGUAACGAAUGUGACUCCAAGUUCGCCGAGGACGAAGCGCUGAAACAACACAUGCUUCAAGUGCACAGCGACAAGCCAUACAAGUGCGACCGCUGCCAGGCUGCUUUCCGCUACAAGGGCAACCUGGCCAGCCACAAGACUGUCCACACAGGGGAGAAGCCGUAUCGCUGUAAUAUUUGUGGUGCUCAGUUCAACCGACCAGCUAACCUCAAGACUCACACUCGCAUCCACUCAGGAGAGAAGCCAUACAAAUGUGAGACGUGCGGCGCUCGUUUUGUACAGGUUGCUCAUCUCCGUGCUCAUGUGUUGAUCCACACCGGUGAGAAGCCAUACCCGUGUGAGAUCUGCGGAACACGCUUCCGUCACCUGCAGACGCUGAAGAGCCACCUGCGCAUCCACACGGGAGAGAAGCCCUAUCAUUGUGAGAAAUGCAACUUGCACUUCCGCCACAAGAGUCAGCUCCGUCUGCAUCUGCGACAGAAGCACGGCGCCAUCACUAACACGAAGAUUCAAUACCGCAUGUCGACGGCGGACAUGCCUACUGACUUGACAAAGGCAUGCUGAGCAGGAAGAAGGGAACAGUUUCAAAAAGGAGGCAAUCUUGACCUUGGCAUUUUAAAAGACCCCAACUUGUACAAUCAUCCAAAAUUGUAGUGCCACACUGUGUUCAUUAGACAAAUAAAUUGGCUGUGUACGCCAUUCUAAACGGGUUUCCACUACAUGUGAACGUAGAGCCACAUACGGCAUCUUAGUCACUUUAUUGUUUCUAUAUAGAUAUAAAUAUAUAUAUAUAUAUAUAUGUAUGUCGGACGUGUUUCUAAGCUUUGAAGGUACGUAUAUAAAGCUUUAUUUUGUUGAGAAGGAUGGAAUGUAAACAAUCUGUUUUUUGAAAAUACAGUAUUUUAUAUCAGAGAACUUACUUUUCUGAAAGUAUUGAAAAUUUUGAUCGACGGGUGGUACAUAUAUUUUAAGAUAACGAGAUUUGCGGCUGUAUAGAGUUGUCUAUACAUUUUUAUGUAGAUGUACGUACAUGUUGCACCAUGUCAAGUUGCCAUACUCAUGUGAAGGGGUAAAAAAAUGACGAAAUUGAUUUUUAGUGGAAAAAACAUAUCAGAUGACUGCUGCUGUCUGAUGAGGAUAUGCAUGAGGUACUCUGUUACCGUCGCCAGUUGUCAGCGCACAUGAAGUGGGCAACUGCAUAAAUAUUGUGACAUAUUGUGUAAUUAUAUCUGUGGGAUUGCUCUCUGCUGGCAGAGCCAAUCUAAGUGUUGAAACUGCAUUUCAAGGUACUGCUUUGUUAUGACCAAGAAAAUAUUUUGCUUCAGAUAUGUAUUUGUAUAGAUGUGAAUUUCUUUUUUUCUUUUCUUUUCUUUUUUUUCUUUUUGUUCAUUUGUUUUCCAUAAGUGAAGGUUUACAGUUUUUUGGUCAUUGUUCUAGAUCCUACAGUAAAGUUGUUUGUGUCAAGGUUUUUUUGUUUGUACAUACACUGUGUAUUCAAUGUGCCUUUCUCUAUGGUGACUGAAUUCUUCUCCGUUCAGCCCGGCUGUAUUAAGGUACAACUCAAGGACACCACUAGUCCUAGAUCCCUGUUUGUUUGUAUGUGUGUGUACGUACGUAUGUAUGUAUGUAUGUGUGAGUGUGUGUAUAUAUUUUUAAAUGCUUGUUGUCACCGACCCUAAAACAUGCAAAUUCAUCAUUGUAAAUCUUCAGGACUUGUUUUUGGAUUGGGCUUUUUUAACUGCAUUAAAAAUAAUUGUACAAUGUUUAGAUGUAUGAAUGUAAAAUAAACGUAUUGGAUUUCUAUGUAUUAA